AUGAAUGUCACUGACCUGGAAUUGCCUUUGAAAUCACACCAGCUCCCAGGACCUAUUGAAAAGCAGUUUUUCAAAUGGCAAGUUGACACCGGCAGUAAUAUCCAGCUGCUUCAGUACCGGCCGGCGACCGCUAGCUGGUAUUUCCACCGACUCCGGCGCGAGCAAGAGGAGACAGCAGGGGAAUUCUGCUGUCAAACCACGUCUAUCCGGAACGUAGGAAGAGCAGCUCAGGAAAUGAGUUGCGCUCAUAGAUCAGUGCGCUCAGAAACGCCCGGUGGGAUGGAGCAGCCGCCGCCACGCGCGGCCCCGCAGCACGGGCGCGGCGAGGGCGGCGAGGGCUCCUCGUACGGCGACGUGGGCGUCAAGGUGGAGAGCCCGCCCUUCGCCAUCCCCGUGCCCGGCGCCCACGGCUUUAAAGAAAUCAGUGCUCCGGCUAUUACCCCACCUCUCGGCCAGCCCAAAAGAUCAAAAAAGCGCCAUACAAAUUUAACACUGGAUAAAAUGAUGGAAAAAUUCCUGCAGCAGAGUGUGGAUACAGAAGAGAAAUUUUACAGAUACGAAGAGCAGAGGCUCAAAAUUGAGGACAAGCGUCGAGAAGCUGAGCACGCCCGAGAGCUCCAGAUGUUGCAAAUGUUGGGACAGAUGUUGGCAGGAAUUUCUUCCACAGUGUCACAGAGGUCACAGUCGCUGCCAGCAAGUCCACCUCAGAGAGCAAACCACCGUUCAUAUGGGGAUAACUUUAAUUAUAAUGCUAUGGCAGCAGCACUUUCUCCACCGAUAGUUAUAGAGAGGUCUUUUUCACUGCACAAAACACACACUCUAAAGGACAUGGAGAAUAUUUUCCAACUGGUGCGCAACGUUAUCCCCCCUCUAACGGGGAAAAGGCAUAAAGGUCAAGAUGGGCGCAUAGGCAUCGUUGGAGGAUGUCAAGAAUACACAGGAGCACCGUAUUUUGCUGCAAUUACAGCUCUGAAAGUGGGUGCAGAUUUAUCCCACGUGUUUUGUACCAAAGACGCAGCAACUGUAAUUAAAUCAUAUAGUCCAGAGCUGAUUGUUCAUCCAGUUCUUGAUAGUCCCAAUGCUGUCCAUGAGGUGGAAAAAUGGCUACCACGACUGCACUCAGUUGUCAUAGGACCUGGCUUAGGCAGAGAUGAGACUCUGCUUGAGAAUGCUAAGGGUAUUAUAGAAAAAUCGAAGAUGAAAGGAAUUCCAAUCAUUAUUGAUGCUGAUGGACUGUGGCUCAUUUCCCAGCAGCCUUCUCUCAUUCAAGGCUACCAGAGAGCUAUUCUUACUCCCAACUAUAUGGAGUUUAGCAGACUAUAUGAAGCMAUGCUUAGAGACCCCGUGGACAGCAGUGACCAUCAUGGGUGUGUGUUAAGGCUCAGCCAAGCCAUGGGGAAUUUGACAGUGGUUCAAAAGGGAGAGCGGGAUCUGAUCUCAGAUGGAGAGAAAGUGGUUGUGUGCGGCCACGAGGGCAGCGGCCGGCGCUGCGGCGGCCAGGGCGACCUCCUGGCGGGCUCCCUCGGCGUCCUGGCGCACUGGGCCUUCCUCGCCGGAGCGGAGCGCACCAACGGUCAGAACCCGUUCCUGGUGGCGGCGUUUGGAGCGUGCUCCCUCACGAGGCAGUGCAACAGCCAGGCCUUCCAGAAGCUGGGCCGCUCCAUGACCGCCUCCGACAUGGUGGCCGAGGUCGGCGCCGCCUUCGGCAAACUCUUCGAGACCUGAAGCCAAAGCAGCAGCCGGGCGGGAAGGCGAGCGCCGCGACGGCAGGAGUCGCCGCACUGACACGAGGGUGGACCCCGGGAGCGCACCCCGUCGAGUGCUGUAGCAGCGUUCGGGUAGGCUAGCUAGAUUUUUUUCUUCUUAUUUUUAAGAAUAGAAAAUAUGAUUAAUGUAGAUAUUUUUUAAGAGUUUGGAAUACAAAAAUGUUUUGGCUGAAAUAAGCUGUAGUGGCAGAUCUGUUAUAAUAUAAUAAAACUAAACUUUAAGUAUUCCUCUGUUCUUUUUCAUAGUUAACUGAGCAAUAACUAAAAUUGUGAACUGCAGAAAAAUGCACUUGAUGUUUAGAUGAAGGUAAAACUGCCACCAGCUCGGUUGAGCUGCGUGGCGCGCACCAAGGUUGUCGGGAUUUCCUCUGUAGACUCUGUGUCUAGAAUUAGCGAUUGCACUUCAUGUUUUCCUCAUGUUAAUAUAGGAGAAAAAAGCAAAAAGCCUCUUUGGAAAGGGAAGGCGGGAGAGUUGCUGUAGAUUUUGAAUGUACGUAGUUGCCUCCGGCCGUUCCCAGCCCUCGAGGCUGCCUUCGUGUUGACAGCGCGUCCCCUCCUUGCAGUGUGGGAAAACCCAGCAAGCACCCGGAACAGGGCUGCGCCGGAGCGGGAUUUGUUAGCUCUAGAGUU